GGGUAAAAAUGUCGCUGAGCAAGUUGACUCAGACCUGCUUCAGCCGACACCAAGCGAAAACAUUUAUAAGACUUUAUAGUUCAGAUUUUAAAUCUCUUCUGGGCCCACCGGCUGUUGCAAACCCUUAUGCAGACAAUGGACGCACUCGUUUUGCUCCAAUUGUGCCAAUAAACCACGGAAAUGUUUUUGCUAGUAUCAAAUUGCCGAUAAAUGAGACCCAAGAAGCAAUCGCAUUCAAAUCAGAAGUCGAAGAAGCCCCAAAAGUAGAGAAACUCGAAGAAAGUCCAAAAAUAGAAGCUGAAAAGGUGCUGAGCUCCCCGCCUCCUGCUCCUGCCCCCACGUCUUCAGCCAUUGACGAGUUGAACUCACUGAAAGAUUCUCUUGAAAAAUUGGAAUCUGCUGCAUCAAAGUCUUCCUCUUCUUCUGGAGGUUCUAGUGAUAACAGUGACCCUGGUAACGCUGAAGAAAUCGAAGCUCGCCGGAAACGAAUGGAAAGAAAUACUCGCAUUGGAGCAUAUGUUCUGUUUGGUGGAUCUAUUAUCGGAUUUAUUUCGUUCUGUUUCUACUAUGGACGUGCACAACGAGAUGAAUUCGGAAAUGUGAUAUCUGAUGAAUUCAGUGGUUCUUUCUUGGCACCGUUCUACCGCAUUGCCAACAGUUUUAAAUUAUGGAGAGAUUAUGUCGUCGAGCCAGCACGUGAGCAAUUGUUGCCUGAUCCAUUGCCAGCACCAUAUCUCCAACCAAAAUAUACAAUUGUGAUCGAAUUGAAAAAUAUUCUUGUGCAUCCUGAAUGGACAUACAAAACUGGAUAUCGUUUCCUAAAGCGUCCAGCACUUGACUAUUUCCUCGAUGUCAUUGGAUAUCCAAAUUUUGAAGUCGUUAUCUAUUCAUCUGAAUCAAUGAUGACAGCUGCUCCAGUUGUUGAUAGUUUUGAUCCAAAACAAAGAAUUAUGUACAAGUUGUUCAGAGAUUGCACAAAGUAUAUGAAUGGACACCAUGUCAAAGAUUUGUCGAAAUUGAAUCGCGAUUUGUCGAAAGUUAUUUAUAUCGAUUUUGACGCUAAAUCAGGACAAUUAAAUCCAGAAAACAUGUUAAGAGUACCAGAGUGGAAAGGAAAUAUGGAUGAUACAAGUCUAGUUGAUUUGGCAGAGCUUCUUAAAACUAUUCACCUAUCUGACGCUGAAGAUGUUCGUCCCAUGCUACAGUACUACUCGCAAUACGAUGAUCCAGCGAAAGAAUUCCGUCGACGAGCUGUAUACUUGUCACAACAAGAAGAACAAAAGAAACAACAACCCGAUGAUAGUUCCAUGUUGAAAAGAUAUUCUGGAAGAUUGUUCGGAUCUAGAAGACACGUUAAUGCCUAAACUUUCCAAACAUUUUUCAUCUGAUGAUAUGAUACUCUGACUCUCUUUUCCCUGCGCCCUUUUCACUCUCAAUGUGCCUUUUUAUAGCUCAAUUUUUCUAAUAAUAUAGGAUUGUAGGUUUAUAUUGUUUUCUUUUUUAGUUCUUUCCAUUCUUGUGUUUUUUUAAAUUUAGUUCUUCCCACACUAGAGUUGUUCAGAGCCGGUAUAUGACAGUUGAAUUCUCCGUCUACACACUUCUUUGUUGAUUUUUGUUGUUUCUUAUUCCACCCUUUCCAAAAAAACGUAUCAAUUUUUUUCAGAAGUGUUCGUUUCAUUUUUCCUUUUGUUUUUGAAAUUCUCACCAUAAAAUCCGAUAAAACAUUCAGAAAAAUU